AUGGCGGAGAAGUCAAUGAGACCAAAUGUUUUACCGCCUUUACUGUACUCUUCUGUUUGAUUCACGAGCUCUUUUCAGUGGGGCUACCCUUACGAUAAUUAUCACCCAGCAAAGAAAAAUCGACGGUUUCAUUCUUUAUUUCCAAUUUGCUUUAAGAAAGCCUCCAACGACGACCCCUUCCUCCAUUCCCACACUUGCAGUUUCUUUUUGUCAAUCGGUUCACCAGCUUUAUUGAUUCUUGAUCCGCAAUCAGAAGUAAAGGAAGCAUUUUUUUUUUCAUACAAACUGUCACUGAUCGUCUUGGGUUCUUGUUAGGAUCUUUCAGUUAACCAGUGAGCCUGGAGCAUUGUGCCCUGCAAAAUGUUUACACUAUCUAAAUUUCAAAAGAAGCCUAAGAAUGGUUCAUAGAGGUGAUUUGGUUGUUAUUGGUAUCUCAGUUGGUGUGGCCCUUGGUAUCUUGAUAGCUGCGCUUCUGUAUUUUGGCAUAAGGUGGUAUAGAAAGCUUGCUCGUCUUCAACGGUGUUCAAAUGAGCGAAGUCUUACAGACCUUCCAAUACGCACAAAUGGCUUAGGUACAAGCACUGACUUUAGUGCGUCUCUCUCAAGUUCCAUAGCUAUUCAGGGAGCAGAAUACCCACACAGAAACGGUCAGCAUUCAUGGUGGAACCAUCAUAGUAAAGAUCAGUUUGCUUCUGCUUCGGGCAUACCUAGAUAUGCCUACAAAGAUAUACAGAAAGCCACUCACAACUUCACAACUAUUGUGGGACAAGGGUCUUUUGGUCCCGUAUACAAAGCAGCAAUGCCUACUGGAGGAGUCGCUGCUGUAAAAGUGCUUGCUUCUAAUUCACAUCAGGGGGAGAAAGAGUUCCAUACAGAGGUAAGUCUCCUAGGAAGGCUGCAUCAUCGGAAUCUAGUGAACUUAGUUGGAUAUUGUGUGGAUAAAGGACAGUACAUGUUAAUUUAUGAGUUCAUGAGUAAUGGGAGCCUUGCAAAUCUUCUAUAUAGUGACGAAGCAAGGGUUUUAAGUUGGGAAGAAAGACUUCAAAUUGCACUUGAUAUUUCACAUGGAAUUGAGUAUCUUCAUGAAGGGGCAGUUCCUCCUGUCAUACAUCGUGAUCUCAAGUCUGCCAAUAUAUUGUUGGACCACUCUAUGAGAGCUAAGGUUGCUGAUUUUGGACUGUCAAAGGAAGAGGUGUUUGAUGGCCGAAACUCUGGCCUAAAAGGUACAUAUGGCUACAUUGAUCCGGCAUACAUGUCCACAAAUAAGUUCACAAUGAAGAGCGACAUCUACAGUUUUGGUGUCAUCAUAUUUGAACUCAUUACUGCGAUUCAUCCCCAUCAGAACUUGAUGGAAUAUGUUAACCUCGCUGGAAUGAGUCCUGAUGGUGUUGAUGAGAUACUUGAUAAGAAACUUGUUGGAGAAUGCAAUAUUAUGGAAGUGAGGAAGCUAGCUAAAAUUGGUUGCAUAUGCUUACACAAGUUACCGAGAAAGAGACCUACAAUUGGAGAAGUUACACAGGCAAUAUUAAGAAUCAAACGGAGGCACCUUGCAAAAGAAGACACAAUGUCCUUCAAUGGAAGGGAAUUUUCAAGAGUAGCAAGUCUUAUAGAAGACCAACAGGUAGAAUUGAGUAAGUUGACUGUUAUCAAAGAGGAAAGCUUGAACUAGUGAGACUUUUCUUUUCUUCUUCUUUAUGUUAAUAUUGAAUACCAGUUAUAUCAAAUAGUUUGACAAAUAUACGAGAGAAAAAGACUAGACAAAGAGGUCACUUAUCCGGAUGCAAUCAAACCUCAGCAAAUUAUGAACUUUCCAUUGA